GAUCCUGCAUUCCCAACUCUAGUCCACGCAACCCGCGACUUCACCAUCAACAUCUGCCUCGAGUCCGUCCUCGACUGCCCUGGUGCGACCAUCGAUGCCACGGUCAACUCUGCUCGGGCCGAUUCACAAUGGCUUGCUGCGCGCCUGCCAAGCUCUUUGACGCCUCGGAAGGCGCUAGGGAGCGCGAGACCUUCAGAUACUACCCUUUGCUUUCGAGCUACUUCCGAUUUGCCCGCGAUGGCAAUGCUCCUCCGAGCCUCGAGCUCACGACGGCACCCGACAGCGUACUGACUGCCCUGGCUCAGCUGGGGAUACACCAGACGGGCACCGAGCGCGCCUUUGUCUCCCUGUUCGACGCGACCCAUCAGUACAUCCUCGCCGAAGCAACAGCCGAGUUGCGCAUCGCCCCGAGCCUGCCCAACCUCGGCCAAACGGCUCCCCUGGCGCUCCGAGGCACCGCCAUCCCGCGCGACCAGGGGACGUGCGACCAUGUGCUCUACCUGACAGCCAACGCCCAGGACAGCGGCGACGACACCAAACUGCCCCUGUCCUUCGUCCCCGACCUCACCAAGGACAAGAGGUUCUCUUCGCGACCGUUCUGCCAGUUUGGGGAGGCUGGCCAGUUCUACGCCGGGGUACCGAUCCGCACCCGGAGGGGCAUCGACAUUGGGGCGUACUGCGUCAUGAGCACGGUCCCGCCCCCUCUGUGGGAUGAACAGUGUACACAGCGUCUUCGCGACAUCUCCGGGGCUAUCACGGAACAUCUCGAACUCAGGAGGGCUAGGGUCGAGUCCCGACAGCAUGAGCGCCUGAACAGAGGGCUGGGCUCCUUCAUCGAGGGCAAGGGCACUCUCAGCGGCUGGCAGUCGGGAGCGAACACCGCCGCCUUUAUGGAUGACGACAGCAGACCAGAAGGCGCCCUCGAUGCGCAGCAGCAGCGUCUCGAGAGUGAAGAUAGCGGGGAGAAACAGGCACCAAGCGUACUGCAGCACGGUGAGCUGUCACAUCCGCCGCCAGCUGUCGCCACCACAACACCCCCCAACCGGGACUUGGACGAGUCAAAAUUGAUCUUUUCAAGGGCGGCCAAUAUUCUUCGAGAGGGAUUCGAGGUGGAUGGUUGUGCGUUCCUAAGCACGGCACAGGCUGCCGACUGGCGCCCCCGCCCUUCUAAAGGGCCAGAACCAGCUGCCAAAGAGAUGACCACCGAAGAGGCCACGUUGACGGGCAGCAGCAGCGAGGAUCAAGGUCGUCCUCUUGAUAGCGAGGCGCGAGAUGCGCCCUGCGGUCUGAUCGGGUUUGCCACCACGGAAUCAUCCAGCAUCAACCACCCAGUGGCAGUAGCCCCCAAGUUUGGGACCAUGCCAACACGGUUCCUCGCCAAGUUGCUCAAGCGAUACCCCCAAGGCAAGGUCUUCCACUUUGAUGCGGAGGGUGAACUCCAGUCAAGCGACGCCUCGGAGGAGGGGGAUGCCAUGUCAGAGCCGCACCCUCCCGAUGGGAGUAGCGAAGCAGCAUCGCCUCCCAAGGAGCAGCGUAGAAGAGCCCGCAGGAGGCUCAACGAAGGUGAUUUCAUACACCGCGCAUUCCCCUCGGCGCGCAGCGUUGUCUUUGCUCCCGUAUGGGAUACAAGAGAUCAGCGAUGGCUCGCCGGGGGCUUCAUGUACACAUGCGCCGCGUCGCGCAUAUUCACCACCCAAGGCGAGCUCAGCUUCUUCUUGGCGUUUGGGAAGCUCGUGGCCUCGGAAGUCAACAGCUUGGAGACGCACCAAGCUAACAAGGCCAAGUCGGACACCCUCGGCUCCUUGUCGCACGAAUUGCGGUCUCCGCUGCACGGCGCUGUUCUCAGCUGCGAGCUGCUCAGCGACACGGACCUAGGCGUGUUCCAGAGCAACGCUGUGCACACCAUCGAAACGUGCUGCCGCACCUUGCUUGACACUAUUGAUCAUCUACUGGAUUACUCCAAGGUGAACAGCUUCGCAGAGGAGAAUGGACAAUAUUCUGGCAACAUUAGUCGCCCGCGUCACAAGAGGGUUGAUUCGGCUGGAUUUGGGAAGAAGUCUCUGUACAGGCACGUCAGACUAGAUGCCCUGGUCGAGGAGGUCUCGGAGAGUGUGUACGCCGGCUUUAGCUUCCAGAGCAUGUCUGCCGCCAGGGUUUCCAUGCAAAGCGGGCCAGGCGAGUCGCUCUUGGCCGCUCGCAAAUCGUUUGAUGGCGAGGUGGCUAUGGAUCACCUAAGUCGGGCGGGACGAGAUUCUCUCUGGGGCAGCACUUCCCUCUAUGUAUCCAUCGAUCCGUCCUGCGAUUGGCUGUUCCACGUACAACCUGGGGUGGUCCGCCGAAUCGUCAUGAAUCUCCUCGGCAACGCCCUCAAGUACACCUCAAAGGGCAUGAUCCGCGUCUCACUGGAACAGAUGCGAACUCGACCGUCUCCCCGCGAACGGCUUGUCAAGAUCACGGUACAAGACACGGGCAAGGGCAUAGGUGAAGAAUUCCUUCGACACAAGUUGUUUCAGCCCUUCUCCCAAGAGGACGAGCUCGCGCCUGGCACUGGUCUUGGGCUGAGCCUCGUCAAGAAGGUCACUGCCAAGCUGGGCGGCAAGAUUACCGUGGACAGCAAGAUUGGCGUCGGCACUACGGUCGCAGUGACCUUGCCGCUGCAACCGUCAGUGCAAGUCCAUGAGUCUCCAAGCGACGUGUUUGACCCCGAUGAUGGGUUCGACGACCGAGUCCGUGAGCUCAGAGGACUGCGGGUCGGUCUCUGUGGCUUUGGACCGUCGUGGAGCGAGCAUGGGCGCGUGCUUGUAGAGACUAUUUGCCACCGCUGGCUGGGCCUCGAGUUGUCUGUUGGCGAGGCUACGCCGCCAGACAUAGUCAUCUGGUCGGAAGAUGCCCUACCAUACACGCGCGAGCAUCUCGAUCAGCUGGCCAGAACACCCAACGUCGUGGUCUGCCGCCAUGCGCUGGCGGCGCGGCAGCUGUCGGCGGAGUUCGAAAACAUCAAUCGGGACCGAGUGUUUGAAUUUGUGGCUCAACCAAUUGGGCCCCGAGCUCUGGCAAGGGCCGCCAUGGAUGCUAUUCACAGACGAGGAGGUUUGCCCAAGCUGCAUUUGCAGACACGCCCAUCUGGACCGCAGCGUGCCCAGAGCUUACACACCGAAAGCCCCGGUACCAAGGCAGCCAGGGGAGCAUGGCUUGAACUUCCUGGAGUGCCGCAGCCCAGCGCGAAACGGGUGGCCAGCGACAAACCCCCAACUGUCACUGUCCGACCCAGUGAGCAUGGAAAUGUGAUCGAUCGAGAGUCGACUGGGACGGAGAAUGGCGUUGAGAAGAAGAAGUACAUGCUCGUGGAUGACAAUCCGAUCAAUCUCAAGGUCCUCUCUGCGCUCAUGAAGAAACUGGGGCAAGCGCAUCAACUGGCGACGAAUGGACAGGAAGCCGUCGAGGCCUACAUGCAGGACCCCACGACCUUUGCCGGCAUUUUCAUGGACAUCUCCAUGCCCGUCAUGGACGGGCUCGAGGCCACCCGGCUGAUCCGUGAACACGAGCACAAGACCCACGCGCAAGCGGUGGUGAUCCUUGCCCUCACGGGUCUCGCGUCGCAUCGCACGCACCAGCAUGCACUGGAGAGUGGCAUCGACGUGUUCCUGACAAAGCCUGUCAGUCUCCAGGUGCUGCGCGAGGCGCUCCAGUCGAAAUGCGACGCGCCGCCUUGACGGUGUUUGGCAUGAUUUACGAUACUUCUACUUACGCACAUGACCUGCCGACUUUCGGCAAUCACGGAGACAGAGAAGAAUGCCCGAGAGCAGCUUUGUAUCGUCGCGUCAAGAACACGACCGAUUAAAGCAGCUGCGCCACUGACAUCUUCCUCAGAGUCACCUUGACAGGCAACACGGUGGACUAGAUGCUCGCCAAGCCCACCAAGGGCCAGACGUGAAGACGCUUCACCCGGAUCAUGGUUGGCUUUCCACAAGUUUCCAUCCGGGUCUUGUCGCUUGACGCACCACUUUACAGCAUCAAGUCCACGCUGACUGAGCACAUCGAUGAGAGGGCAGUGUAAGCUGACGGUCACCGAUGCUGA